AUGUACCUCAAAAGGUCCUCACAUGGUGGUCUUCUUACGGUUAUUUUGGGCCUAGUAAUGACCAUCAUGGCACUUGUUGAGAUUCGAUCAUACCUAUUUACAAGUCCUGAGUUUACGUUCGACGUCGACAACCAUAUUGGAAGUUUGAUGCAGCUCAAUAUUGACAUUACGGUUGCUUCACCUUGUAGCAAACUGGUCAUUGAUCUGCGGGAUGCCACAGGUGAUUUUGUACACUUCGACGAGAAUGAUCUCGUGAAAGAUCCAACACACUUUGAAUCAGAAAGGAGGCGUGCAGCUAGCAAGGGGCACCAUAACCAGUUCUACAAGCUGACACAUGCCCAAUACCGCAACCAAAAGAAAAUGCCCCGGAAGAACAAAAAGUCUGUUCGUGGUGGCCCCCGUCACAAAGAUUCGGGCUUUGAAGUGGUUGACAGGUCUAUCGACGGUGACAAUGCACCAGCAUGCCGCAUCUACGGCAGUAUCAAGGUAAAGAAAGUCACAGGGAAUUUCCAUAUCAAAGCGCUUGUUCCCGUAUUCAUGAUCCCCAAUGCAGGCCUUGACAGAGAUAUCAAUAUGUCUCAUAUUAUCCACGAGUUCAGUUUCGGCGACUACUUCCCCGAUAUUGCUGAGCCCCUGGAUUAUUUCUUAUCCGUGGUUCCUACCCAAUACAUCUCAGGCCGACGUGUCUUGAACACGAACCAGUACAGUGUGACGGAUUACAAGCGCGAUCCGAAAGGACAGGCCGCCUUUCCGGGAUUGUAUUUCAAGUAUGACAUCGAGCCUAUGACGAUGACGGUGCGCCAACACUCCAAGCCGUUGGUCGCCUUCUUGGUGCGUAUCACGAGCGUGCUGGGUGGUGUAUGGGUUUGCACAAACCUCCUUUUUCGCGUGUUGUAUCGCCUGAGAGUCAUGUAUCGGCGUUAUCUGCGGGGUGCUUCCUUAAACCUUGCAAAUGCAGCGACGCCCGACCCAAACCUGCACAGCACCCCUUAUUUCUCGGGACCUAUGGAUACAUCCAAUACGGGGUAUGACUCGUACAGUGUUUCGACCUCUCCCUUCGCGCACCCACCGGGCCAAACCACCAACUUCUAA